CGUUAUCCAUGUGCACGUGCACGUCAAUGAUUCUCUUCUCUCUAAAAGUUAAUCGUAGUUGAUUCGUACUCAAGGCUACAUCGAUCCAUCUAUUUUAAUCAGCCAUCAUCCGCGAAGCGAAAUGGUUGUUAUAUUAGUGUCUUUGAUAUUCGUAGCGUUUGUAGCGCUCUAUUUCUACCUGGCGCAAAAUAACAAAUAUUGGCAAAAUCGUGGAGUUUUUUGCGCAGAUGGAGCUUUGCCGGGAGUCGGUCAUAUGUUAUCGGUGCUCUGCAUGAGAACAAGUUUCCCUGAAUGCUGUAACAAAAUCUACAAUAAUAAUCGCGAUCGCAGUAUGGUGGGAGUCUACAACUUUAUGUCGCCAACGUUGAUGAUCCUCGAGCCGGAGCUAGUGAAGACGGUGUUGCAAACCAAUUUCACAAGCUUCAACCAGAAUUAUCAAAAGGCCAAUCCUGAUUUGGAUCCUCUGAUGGCAAAUCAUCCUUUCGUCACUACUGGUAACAAAUGGAUAACUGGUAGGAAACGUCUGACUUAUGCAUUUUCCAGCAUGAGACUGAAAAUCCUGCUUGAGAGCGUCAAAUCGGUGUGUGUAAUGCUCGAAAAUUAUCUCAAUAACAAGUUGAGCAAAGUUGAAAAAGUGGAAUUGGAGUUGAUGGAUUUGUGCUCCAAGUAUACGACGCAGGUUGUGGCCGCUGCUGGUUUUGGCGUAGACGGAUUUUGCUUCGAUGACGAGAAAGCAGAUGCGUCCUUUCGAAAAAUUGGCAAGCAGAUUUUAGAACCUUCUAUACGGACCACAAUCAUGUUUAUUCUCGUAGUUCUCGCACCGCCAUUGAAUAAAAUCUUUAAAAUUAGUUUCAUUCCGAAGCACAUCGAUCGUUUCUUCAGAACGAUGGUCGCGGAUCUUAUGGAGCAACGACGAAAAGACAGCAUACCUAGAAAUGAUUUCCUUCAUUUAAUGACAGAGUUGGAGCGGAUUGAAGGCGAUAAGAUUGAUCUCGAGAUGCUCACAUCUCAUGUAUUAUCAUUCUUUAUCGAUGGCUACGGCAGCACCAGUACUGUUAUGAGUUUUAUUGGUUUUCAAUUAGCCAGUCAUCCAAAAGUGCAAGAGAAAUUACGUAAAGAAGUGAUGACUGUACUCGACAAGUACGAUGAUGUAAUAACUUACGAAGGCUUGAAGGAGAUGACGUACAUGGACCAGGUUUUUAAUGAGUCGCAAAGACUUUUACCCGAAGCACUCAUGCAAAAGCAAUGUACAGAAGAAUUUGAGCUAAGAGGAUCCGAUGGGCUUGUCUGUCGCGUGCAACCUGGAACGGAAAUCUUGAUACCUGUCCAGGGAUUGCAUAAAGAUCCUCGAUAUUGGAAAGAUCCUCAAGUGUUCGAUCCUGAAAGAUUCAAUCCAGACAGAAAACACAGCAUUAAAAAAUUCACUUUUCUUCCUUUCGGUGAAGGUCCGCGAAUCUGUGUUGGGAUGAGAAUGGCUCUGCUGCUAAUGAAGGCGGGUUUCGCUACAAUCUUGAGAAAAUACAGCCUGGAACUUUCUCCGAGGACGCAAGUACCUUUGAAAAUGGAACUCAACUCAAUCUUACCAAUACCGAAAGGUGGUAUAUGGGUUUUUUUUCGACAGCUUUAAAUGCAAAAAUCUUCUUUUUAACUGAAGAAUAACAAGAAUUCUUAUAUACAAUAUAUAUGUCCAAAAAAUAUAUAGCAGAUCUUCUUGUAUAAAUAUAAAUUUCUUCUUCUUUAAAACUGCAUUUUCGAUAUAUAUUCGUUGAUAUUUUUAAGAAAUCGUCAAUCGUGUUACUGCACGGAUUUUAAAGAUUCCAAAGAAAUAAUCACAUUUUUAUUCUUUUAAUAUGUAUCGUGAUUCUAUUUCAAUAAAUAAUAUGACAGCGGAAUACUUGGCCUACUUGCUCGAGUGUCGCCACGCGAGUAUUAUAAGUUUGCAUGUAUGUUAAAAAUACACGUAUAAAAUAUUUUAUCCGCAUUUAUAUAAAAUAUAAAGCAAUCAUAAAAUUAUGUUAACAGUUUGAAGAAAUUAUUAUUUUUUUAGAUUUUAUAAUUUAUUUAUACUAACAUCUUCUGAUAUUUGCUAAUUUAUUUAUAAUUUUUAUGUGAUAAAUAUAAGAAAUUCUAUGCUUUUAUUUUUAGCACAUUACUAACAUAAUGAUUUCGAUAUGUUUUAAUUUGAUAAAAAAUAUAUAUCUACAUAAAGUAUUUAACCCUAUAUACUUACAUGAUAUAAAAUUAUGUUAUAGCAAAUAACGAUGAAGCACAAUUGUAAAAUUCUUUUUCUUAAAUAAAGUUCUCACUCUUUUUUAAAGAUUUGUCAAAUAAGUAUGUACUUCAGUACAUCGAACAUGUCAUCAUGUUUUCCGCAUUAUACGACGCAUAACAUUAUAAGUACAAUUUUUUCUCGAAUUCUAUGUAUUAAUCGUCUGAUGGGCUCUACAUCAAUCAUUGCGAUUUCGAGUGAAUAAUUAUAUGAAAUAGGUCCAAACCUGUUGAUAUUAUAUCAAGAUUUGAAAUUCCACUAGUGUAAGAUACCGAAAACAAGAAGCUGUGCCUUAUGUCGUCACCACUGUAAGUUCUGAAUGGCUGUCUGAUAGAUCAUGAUAUCACGCUCAAACAUCACGCACUCGCCUAGGAAGAUCAGAUUGGCGUAGGGCGCCAACAAUGGCGGUGAAAAGAUUUGAUGGGUUACUCGUUGUAGCAUCGGUUCGAUCGGCGUGACCGUUUGCAAGAUGC